CGAAAUCUGCCGAGGGGCAUUCGUGAAUUUCCGAAGCUUCUCGAGGAGCAUUCGGGACCUCUCGGUUCUUUGCGAUCUAUUCGAGAGUCAAGUCCCUGGUAGAUCCGUUCGUCGCCUAACUCCUAAGGGCGACUUGGGCAGACAGUCCCCCGACAAUUUUCGUGUUAGGGAUCGGCCCGAGAGUGGUGCCCUCUAGCGGCGGAAAUUGUCACCAUUCCCGCCUCCAGGUUGGGCCGGCACGCGCAGACGCAGUUGCGCGCCGGCGGCUGUUCAGACCGGAUGUGGUUGCUGCUGAGGUCAUUUCCGGCGGGUGACGGUGCGGACGGGUCAGAAGCGUAGAGGCGGCUGCAAAAUGGCGGCGCCUGAGGAGCGGGAUCUAACACAGGAGCAGACAGAGAAGCUGCUGCAGUUUCAGGAUCUGACUGGCAUAGAAUCUAUGGAUCAAUGUCGCCAUACCUUGGAACAGCAUAACUGGAACAUAGAGGCUGCUGUACAGGACAGAUUGAACGAGCAAGAGGGUGUACCAAGUGUUUUCAACCCACCACCAUCCCGACCCUUGCAAGUUAAUACAGCCGACCACAGGAUCUACAGCUAUGUUGUUUCAAGACCACAACCAAGGGGGCUGCUUGGAUGGGGUUAUUACUUGAUAAUGCUUCCAUUCCGGUUUACCUAUUAUACAAUACUUGAUAUAUUUAGGUUUGCUCUUCGUUUUAUACGGCCUGACCCUCGCAGCCGGGUCACUGACCCCGUUGGGGACAUUGUUUCAUUUAUGCACUCUUUUGAAGAGAAAUAUGGGAGGGCACACCCUGUCUUCUACCAGGGAACGUACAGCCAGGCACUUAAUGAUGCCAAACGGGAGCUUCGCUUUCUUUUGGUUUAUCUUCAUGGAGAUGAUCACCAGGACUCUGAUGAGUUCUGUCGCACCACACUCUGUGCUCCUGAAGUUAUUUCACUAAUAAACACUAGGAUGCUCUUCUGGGCAUGCUCCACAAACAAACCUGAGGGAUACAGGGUCUCACAGGCUUUAAGAGAAAACACCUAUCCAUUCCUGGCCAUGAUUAUGUUGAAGGAUCGGAGAAUGACUGUGGUAGGACGGCUAGAAGGCCUCAUUCAGCCUGAUGACCUCAUUAACCAGCUGACAUUUAUCAUGGAUGCAAACCAGACUUACCUGGUGUCAGAACGCCUAGAGAGGGAAGAACGAAACCAGACCCAGGUGCUGAGACAACAACAGGAUGAGGCCUACCUGGCCUCUCUCCGGGCUGACCAGGAGAAAGAGAGAAAGAAGCGGGAGGAGCGGGAGCGGAAGCGGCGGAAGGAGGAAGAGGUGCAGCAGCAGAAGUUGGCAGAGGAGAGACGGCGGCGGAAUUUACAAGAGGAGAAGGAAAGGAAGUUGGAGUGCCUGCCCCCGGAGCCUUCCCCUGAUGACCCUGAAAGUGUCAAAAUCAUUUUCAAAUUACCCAAUGAUUCUCGAGUAGAAAGACGAUUCCACUUUUCACAGUCUCUAACAGUAAUAGAAAAUUACCUUCUUUUUCUGCAGGUAAUCCACGACUUCUUAUUCUCCUUGAAAGAAAGCCCUGAAAAGUUUCAGAUUGAAGCCAAUUUUCCCCGGAGGGUGCUGCCCUGCACCCCUUCAGAGGAGUGGCCCAACCCCCCCACGCUGCAGGAGGCCGGACUCAGCCACACAGAAGUUCUCUUUGUUCAGGACCUAACAGACGAAUGACACUUUUUCUUCCUCUCCUUUUCAACCCCAAUCCCUAAAAGAAAUGGAAAAAAACAAAAAAAUAAGAGAGAGAAAUUCAUAUUAUUAUUAUUAUAAUACAAUAUUUUUUUUAAAAGACUGCUGCAUCCUCAGGAAGGAUCAGAAACCAUGCUGCCUGCAAAAGUCACCACCUGUGUGUGCACUCGAGGUUAGCAGUGAACGUUCCUGCUGGCAAACCCACCCUUCCCUACUGCCUCUGCACCACACCUUCCAGUGAAAGGAGACUCUUCACCUCCAACCCAGCCAUUGUCCCAACUGGGGAAGGGGACAUUCCCACUAGAUCUCAUUCAUUCUUGCUUUUAUAGAAAAUAAAAGUGAAAAAACCUCCAACAACCAGCUACUGCAGCAUCUCCUGAGGACUUGCUUCUUCCACCUCUGGAGAAGAGAGGGAAGGGAAGGCACAGAGCAGAGAUGUUCCUUGAACUUCCCACAAUUUAUGAAUAACUUUAAUUUUUUUGUUGUUGCUUUGUAAUGACCAAAGGAAUGAGGCUGACAUAGAUGUAUUUUUUUUCCUUAACAUCAUUUGAUAAAGAGCCAUUUCUUAAACCCAUGAGUUCUUGCCCUGGGCUCCUUAGCCCACAAGAGUGUAAUAAAGGUGUCCCAGGCUGG